AUGCCGAUAGAGAACUCCUUUUCUAACAUCUUCCCCAAGCUCGAGUUGGAUUACCUUGCACAAGGUAUAUGCCGCGGUAUCAAUUCCCGGCUCAACCAAGUCCACCCGAGAGCUAUCCCAUGUGCUACGGUCGCCAGUAUCAGGCCGCCGAAACACCACGCGCACAUCAUCCUUAGUAAGAUUAAUGAGUCUAUCUCAAAUCACCUUACUGCGCAAUAUGCUAACUUUGGAAAGGCUUCCCCGUAUUCUGACACCACAGAUUUGCAUAAUGGUCCCAGGGCACUACCAUGUCCUGAUGAAGCACCAGAUCAAGGUGCACAAGCACUCAUUCGUGGAUGCAAAGAAAUAGCAGAGGGUGCUGGUCUUCCAGCCCCGGAGAUGAUGCUAGACCCGUCACUUGGUGGUCGAGAUGUGGUUCAGUACUACAGUGAGAUGCAUUAUGCCACGAUGAUGGGCGAGGUUGUGACUGGGGAAAGAAUACGAAGAGUCACUCGUGUUAUUGUUAAAGAGAAAGGCUCACCUGUAGACAAUCGCAUACUUCUGGAUGCGCUUGAUCCUACAGACAGAGAGUAUCUCACACAGAAAUGCGCUUUCAGCCUGCCUCCGAAGCACUAUUGCUGCAGCGAAGCAUUCCUCCAGUCAUAUUUUAGACUUGCUUACCCAACUUGUCCCGUGUUUGACCCAUAUGAGUUCAUACAGUCAUACGAUUCUGGAACCUAUUCAUUCUUCCUAUUACAGGCCGUUUUGGCGAAUGCGGCCUUGUUCGUACCCCAAAAGAUUCUGGAAGCAUCUGGCUUCGCAAGUCGCGCAGAAGCAAUAGAAAAGUUUUGCACCAGAGCCGCAUUACUUUACGACUUCAACUGUGAGAAGAGCCAGCUGAGGCUAUUGCAAGGCUCUGCCGUUUUGGCAAUGACGGGAUUUUCUGGAACUGGGGAUAAAGACUUUAGCUACUGGUACCACAAUGCUAUCCGUCUGGCCAUUAAAAUGGGAAUACAUCACCAAGGUUUCAACACGCAUGAGAUAGACUCGGCAACCUACAGGCUAUACCAAAGGAUCUGGUGGACAUUAUAUAGCCGUGAUAUAAUGCUACUUUUCUCUGGCGUAGAGAAUAAAAGUCUGCUGGGAAGUAGUACUGAGAGCUUGACAGCCCUUCCACCUGUAGAAAUGUGGGUGCCUGAGAAUAUCUCACCAUCAUGCGCAUCCGUACUACCUCCCCUGACGCUAUUAGAGAGUCUCUAUUUCGUCGAAAAUUGCAAGCUGGCUACCAUCGCCUCACAUUGCCUUUCAGUGGCCAAGUCCGGAUCUCCGAAUUCUCUAGCUCAUAUUCAGGAAGCUUUCAGCACAUGGCAUGCAUCAGUUGCUGAGCCUUUGCUACCGAAUCCAGGUCAAGAUCCCCGCGAUAACCCAUGGCAUAUUGUCCUGAUAGCUACAAGCUAUCGCUUCCAAUGUAUGCUAUUUCGCUGGUUAAGGAAGCACUGGGAGGUCAAAGAUUCACUGUUGUCAGAAAAUGCCAACAGCUGUCUUAAGCUUGCUAUGUAUGAACUGGAUGCGAUGAUUGGUAGGGCUUUAGCUUAUGAUAUGUUGCGUAACCUGCCUAUAGCAUUCUUGAUCUGUGCUCCUGCAGUCCUUGCCUUACAUCUUGAGAUAGUUCUCAAAUCUGCUGAGCCUGAUGAGCUUAAAUCACGAUCUCUGAUCUACAUUCAACAAUCCCUCAUCUGCAUGAAACAGUGCCGGGAUUUACCGCAAAUUGAGGUGGCUCUUGGAGUCGCCGAAUGGGUUUUGGCUAAGAAAGCUUUACUGCCCAAUUGGAGCCACGAAGUGGUUCCCAACGGAGAAACUUCUCAUCAUACUGUACAGAGAUCCUCGAGAGAUUGGUUCUACUCUGCGCAUAAUACCGAGAGCCAAAGUUCUCAGGAUGAUCUGGCGGAGACUGACGUGACCCUAGAUGAUUUCUUAGUAUUCGGCUUGCCCGAAAACAUGAUGUUUAAUUACUAG